UUUCCGAAAAAGAAGGAAGUUAGUUUAAGAAAAGCAAAGUAGAAGGAGAAACAAACAGAGAGAGGGGGAGGCAUGCAGUGGUGGACGUUAUGGCGGAAGUGUUUUAUUGGAUACUAUCCUUUGUUCUAAUUUUGACCAUUUUUUGUCUCCUGGGUUACCAGCUUAUAUUGUUGGUGGAUUUGGAGUUUGAUUAUAUAAAUCCUUAUGAUUCAACAUCUAGGAUAAACCAGGUUAUCUUGCCAGAGUUUUUCAUGCAAGCAAUCUUAUGCUUUCUCAAUCUUUUCGGAGGACAUUGGUUUAUAUUCUUCAUUUCUCUCCCUUGCCUCUAUUACAAUGCCACCUUGUACAUUAAAAGACAGCACUAUGCAGACGUUACAGAAAUCUACAAUAAGCUGAAUUUUGAGAAAAAGAAACGUCUGUUCAAAGUUGGGCAUCUCUUUGUGAUAUUUAUCCUUUCUAUAUUGAGCUUGGUGUGGUCCCUCGCCGACGAAGUGCGUUAACCUGUCUACUUACCUUCUAAGCAUAUACGG